UACAUCACCAAGCCCUCUUUAAGAAUGAAGAAAUACUUGACUUAAUCCUUGUAUGUGACUCUGCAAACAAGUUCCAUAUGAAGAGAAAGAUUUGGACAAUUUGUGUCCUCCUUUGUCUAUUCUUGAGUCUUGAGUGUUGCCAUGGAGUUUCUGGGAACCCAAUAACAAAUGAUGUGAGCAGACUGUUGUUACUGAAACAGAAUAUUCCAAAGAAUUAUGAGAUUCCUAUACAUUAUAUUCCCAAAGAAUUGUGUGGUAUGUGCUGGGUUAUAUUAAAUAGCUAUCCUUUGGAGCAAAGCCUUAAGGAUCUGGCCCAGAUGUUUGGUGCUAUCUCUUCUAACAAAGACGAGAUAAUCAUCUUCAUUACAAUGCUACAGAGUCUACGCUUCCAGCUUGAUCAUGAGGAGUUGGAGGCAACAAUGCAAGUCUUCCAGUGCCACUACAGGGAGGAGAAAUGGAUAUCUGGACAAUAUUUUGACUAUGUCAGAGAGCUUUUAGAUUCUGCAGCUCACAUGGCAAGAGGAUUUCGCUGUAAGCCUCCUCCAUGUCCAGCCUCAUACAUUCACUUACCAGGGAGUAAAGCACAGGACCAUGAACUCACUCGCUCAAGGAAUAGUCUUUUGUCCCUGCUUUUUCUCCCAGCCACAGCCAGUGUGUUCCUCUUCGUGUGUGUGGUCAAGUUAAGAAGAGGCCAACAGAGGAACAUUGGGAAUAGCCAGAGAACACCCUCCUCUGAAGUGGAGGGGAGUCAGCGGACUAUACAUUUCUCUAUUCUACCUCAGCCUUUCUCCACCAGCCCAUCUCUAUCCCUCCAUCCCUUUUCAUCCCACACACCACCACUGGGGAGAGUUUGAACAUCUAGAAAAGAGCAGAUCUGGGAGAACAGCAGAGGGCCAAGAGUGGGACAUCUGUUUUGGCAAUUGUGAAGUGCCAGUGAAGUCACUUUAUUAAUGUCUACAUUGACAACUAGUUAAAAAAGCAGGUAACCUAACUUUUUACCUAAACUGGUAUCAGGCUUAUCAUUGUGAAGUGGAAUAGCAUAACCGAAUCACACUGCGCUGGAUAAAUUCAAGUGUACUUAGUCAAACUCUGGCAUUUCCACCAGGAUCUUUCUGUGAUAUUUGUACCGUUUGAACUGGUAUAUUUUAAAUGGAGUCUCACAAAUAGCAUUUCAUCUACUGUACUAAACCCCAUAAUCGUUCAAAACUUUUUGUAAAAAUCUGACCAAAACAGGCUUACAAAAUGAGGCUACUUCUGACGCUGUGUGUAACGCUCUGCAGUCUAGAUGAUCUCAGAGAAGGGCAUAAGAGGGCUUUGUUCUCAACACAAAAGAAAAGAGCCGUUGGCUGAAGGAGAUGGCAAUUGCAAGCAACACUGAAUGCAAUAUAUCUCAUUGAAUCACCAACCGCAUAAACCUCACUCUAGAAAGCAGGAUAUCAUGCUUCUCUGUAGGAAUCUCUCAACUUUAUCCCAAACACUCAUUCCUUUCUGUCUGGUGAAUAUUACCAUUUCCUAAGCAAGACUGAGUCUUGUGUUUGUCUUCUACAUUUGACUAAAUUAAAUGCUUCGUCACCAACAACUUACUUUGGAAACAUCAAUUUAGUUAGUAUUAUAUGGUGUUAUAUUUUUUGUUGGUGUUAUAUUUUGUAUUAAUUAAAUGUUACUUACAAAA